AAAACUUUGGCCGUGUAAUAUGCAAUUGAGAUUGUCAUGCAGAAUUGUUUGGUCAUUCUUUGAGGUGUAUUUUUCACGCAGCCGCUGCAUCGCUUCUGUCAGGGGUUGUCGUCUCAUCAUUGGAGAAUCUUAGUGCCUUAUGUCCAAACAGCUUGAUGAGAGUGCCGACAUGGGAGUCCUGGAAACGCCCGCCGAAGAGUCUCAGGAUCCUGCUGACGUGGAUAUUUGCACAGAGUAUUCUGCGACUGUGGCUGAGACUUCUCCUUUUACUGUGUUUGACGAGUCUGACGAGUCUGAUUAUUCAUCAUGGGACUGGUAUGAGGGAGAGGACGGUGUUCUUGUUAAAUGGGAUGGCGUGUGUCAAGUCAAUCCUGGGGCAGCCCUUGACUUUGACUUGUGGAGAUCGUUUGAGGACGAGGUUUGCGCUAAAUAUCUUCGGCCUAAUGGUUCGGUUACAGACAAGCCGCCGUGUCUGGAAGACCCGGGCCGUGUGCUUUCCAAGGGGGCAGCUGUGCAGCAGAACACUGUUGUGUCAGAAGGCCAGGAGCCCACCCCACUGGCAAAGGAAGCCAGAUUUGCUCUUAAAGACACCGGGAACGAAGAUCAAUGUGGAGCUGGAGACGCGCAGGAUGCAAAAGCUUCCAAUGUCACGAAGGAGGACCUUGGUGCUGUGUUUCAGUAUGGAGAGAGCUCCAACCCCGUAGGCCACGCGUCACUCUCGGAGCCGAUCCCCGGCAGUUGCCCAACGUGCGCAUGGUUUGACGCGGGCCCGGUCAAGGUUGGGCGCCAGUGAGUGGGAUCAAUGAGCCGUAUGCGUUUUGGUGUUUUCCGUCCAGGGUGUUGAAAUCCACCUGGUGUGGGGCUGGUGCACUAGGUGUAAAUAGACACAUUGCGAUCCGCGGUGUUCUUCAUUGUAUAUUUGCAAGAACCGGGC